CUCCAUAGGAUGCUUCGGCGGCGCUCUCCUCGCUGUGAAGUGUAAACUCUCGCCAUAGGAUCUGUAGGAGCGGCUGGCGGAGGUUUGGUCGCCGCCACCGAGGAUAGCGAAAGAUGGGGAAGCAGAAAAUGCGCUGGAAGCCGGGAUCUGGGGCGGUCGCUGCUGCUUGAUGCAGCCGCAUCAGCUCGUACGUUGGUGAAAAAGAGCGCAAGCGGAGGGCUGGAAGCCAUCGGAUGGGUCUGGGAAUCAGGGCAGUAGAAGAAAGCCGCCGGAGGCGCGGUUUCCGCGGUGCUCGGGAAGCUCUGUUCUUGCUCCGGCGGCCACGGGCCAAAGCGAAGUUCAUGGGGAUGAAUGGAUGGGCUGGUAGCCUGGUACGGUGCAAAAUAAUAUGCAGGAACUCAGUAUGCAAAACAAUGUGGCAAACUAUGCGGUCUUGCACCAAAAUGAUUUUCUGUAAGCAGCCAUGGGCAACUAAGAGGCAGGAUAAAGCACAGGCAAGACAGAAGAGUAAAUUACCGCCAACAGCGAUGUCAGGAAGCUCUUCAACAGGUCCCUUGCCUAACCAUAUCUCCCGCCUCCGAGCCUCUACAUCAGACAUUAUAGGCAGGAAAACAGUGUAGUCUGAAGGAACUUGCCUGGAAGAAUUGUUAG